AUGGAAAAGGACUAUCUCGGGUUCGAUGACAUUUUCAAAGAAUUAUGCAUAGAUGAGUAAGUUUUUAGUGAAAAAAAUAUCAAACAUUGUAAGAAUAUAUGGAUUAUUGCAGGAAAAAUGCAUUCGGGUUGCUGCGUGAGAUGCGCUUCAUUAGUGAGCGUGUUAUUGCCGAAUACCAACCUUUGGAAGAGACCUUAUCGGUACGCAAACGGAAGACAGAACGGUCUCAUUGAUUUUUUCUUUGCAGGUCCGUGAGAUCCUCCAUCCGCUGGAACCGCACCGCACAAAUGAACCGUAUUUCGUCCACAAACUAGUGAAUAAGGAUAACAAUGAAUUCGUGACCGCAAUCGACUUCCACGAGCACAUUACAUAUUUUCCGUUUUCCAAAAACAACGGAGAUGUCUGUCUCGCUCGAUAUAUUAGUAACUUUAAUGACAUUAAUUUGUGAGUGCAAACCGAUAUGUACAGUUUUUUUCAAACGGAACUGUCAUUUUCAGCACAAAGAUUAGUGAGCAGAAUCUCUGUUUCUUCCCGGGUGAAACGGUUGACGGAGUUCGCGUUGGUCGUACCGACAAGGGAAUGCUCGCCGUCAAUCAUCGUACAAACGGUUCUGUGUUAGUGCACAUCGAUUCUCUCAAAAGAUUGACCAAACUAAGAAAAAUGUUGUUUCAGAAAUAGCACUGUGAGCAUUAUUGAUUUGGUGAAACCAGCUCGGAAUCUCGUCUACUUUGACUCAGCGAGACCUGUAAAUACUAUUGACUGGAUGUGGUACGUAAUGGAAGGAAAGAAAGGUUGUAAUCCAAUAACUGUUCAGGCAUAGUACUUGCCAUCUUGCUAUUGGAGACGGUGAAUCUCUCCGUUUUGUGGACAUUCGUUGUCCGAAGAUUAUCGAUGCAGUAUUCUUUGCGGGUGGUGUUCAGAAAGCCGCAGUCACUUCCACGAGACCAUCGGAAAUCGCAGUUUGGGACGGUAGAAAUGUACUUCUGUACGACAUGCGCAAAACUGACGUUCCGAGCUGUAUUUAUGAUGUUGGAAUGGACAAAUGCGAAUCACUGAUCGAUAUGAGAUUCAAUCCAUAUAUAACUAACCAAUUAUUUGUACAUACCAGCUCUCGUCGUGUUUUAGCGAUGAAAGUGAAUCCUGCAAAUCUAAUUAGUGGAAGAGUUAGUACUUUCAUAACCAACUAACACUCAUAAUUGGUUUUAGGCACUAUCUGAGGAUUUUACCGACAAAUGGCAUGCUAUCACGUUCAAGCACAUCGAUCGUGGAGCCACGGCUACUCGUCACUCUCUCCAGCGACGAGAAACGUACGUUUUGACAUUUUCUGUAAUCUCAACAACUUUUUUUGCAGAAUGCCGCUUGAGGAUGUUGAAGUAACAUUAUUAAAUUAUCACGACCACUUUGAAGCGGCUAAAACAGAUUCAGAAAUCCCGGUUCCGUCUCAUUGGUGUUAUCCGGAAGAUAUUGUUAGUCAAUUGUCUUCAAAUCCUCUCUUUGAAAUGUGAUUUUCAGGACGAAUCUGUAUUUGAUAGACUCGAUAAGAUCAGUGAGAUUGAUUUCGAGAGUUAUAUAUCAAAAACAGCUGAGCGUGUUGCGGCGGAGUACGACAACUAUUUCAAACGGGACAAACCGAUCUAUGAAGCGCUAGACGUCGAAACAUUCGAUUUCAUCCUUCCUGGUGUGAAUGGAAUCCUGUGCUAUGAUAGAAUCGAGCAGGACUAUAAAUGUGUCAGAGUAUGUGCUAGUCUGUGUGAUAAGUUGCCAACCUGAUUGCUUUCAGAGUCCGCGACACUACGAGGGAUCCAACGACCCUUACGGCGGAACAGACUCGAUUCACUUCCUUAGGGGAAUACAGAUUCAGGAAAUGAUUCCGGCUCAAACCGUCAGAAUGUUUUGUUCGAGAUUCAAGAAAGGUUGGAAUGCUUAUCAAACUUCGGAAGGAACUUUGAAGGAUUUGGUACACCGAAUAACUUGUGAAAAUGACGCGUUCUGGGCAAGAUGGAUGGCCAGAUCAUCGCACAUUCAGUAUUCUGCAAAAGGUUUGUCCGAAUUUUUGAGUAAUUUUUCUCUAAACUUCUCGCAUUCAGAGUUCCGGACAAUUGGAGAGGAGGGAAAGGCGUGGAAAGACUAUGUGGCACCAUUCGAAGGACCGCUCCCGGAAGUGUUUCUGCCUCCAUAUGAGGAACCGAAGGACGAGAUUGCCGCUGCGGAAAUCUCCCAAAUGGUCGCGCCAUUCUUCCGUUUGUUCCUUCCGGAUCCCCGACCUGAUUUGCUUCCGGAAAACGAAUCAGAUGAAGACGAUAAACUGCCCAAUCCAUACGAAGAUCUUCCUCCUCACCCCGAACCAGAAAACGGUGGUCUUCCAUUGAACCUGUCGCAAAAAAUGAGAACGCUUUGCAAGUGUCACGCCAAACUUCGUUACUAUUACAAGAAGAAGAACGAGAAGAAGUACAUGUACGCGCCCGUCGAAAGAAAUGUCGUGAUUGGUAGAAGCAAGCGCAUCCGAGAAAAGUUCUGGCGUAUCGAUUGGCAUUUUCUGUCAAAACCUCAAAUCCUGAAGCAUUGUCAACAGGUUGACAUAAAGUGUGCUCGUAGGAACAUACUCGAGGACUUGAAGAGGUUCCAACGUUUCCACCCGAGGGAGUUCCAAAAGCGAGUGCUGCCGCCAAAGUUGAUCACCGAUUCCUCAUCAGUUUUUAUGAAACCCGAAUACAUCAAAGAGCGUGAAGCGAAGGAGAGAGAAAUGAGGGAAAAGGCGGCGGCCCCAAUCACUGCUCCUAUUGGACUUUCCUUGGCCGAAUCCAAAGAGGACGGAGCGACAGACAAAUCCGGAAAGAAAUCGGCACCUCCGGUGAUCCCCGAUGUGUCAGGAGUGGAAGAUCCGGAGCAUGCUCGCUUCUUGAUCCGUGCUGCAAUUCAAUUGGCUGAUGAUGACAGUAGCUCCGACGAGGAGACUCCAGCUGCAGAGAAAGAAGAAAAAGACGAAUUUGAGUAUGAGACUCCUGAAGAUGCUUACUUCGGUAUCAAGAAACGGCGAAUGUACGUUGUGUUCAAACCAGCGACUGAUGCACUCGGAUUCAAGAGAUACAAGCCCGAUCGUCUGAACGAAAACCAUUUUGUGAGACAGUUGGAACGUCUGAUGUACUGGGGAACACGAAACUACGAGCGCGGUGUUAUGGAAGGCCGCUAUGUGGAGAACGACAAGCGGCAAUCGAGUGUGAAAGAACGGUCCUCUUUGGAUUUCCAGGCCGCGUUGACAAGUCACAAGAAGGUCGCCUGGCAAACGUUCUACGACAAGUACUUCUUCUUCUCGGAGAACUGCUCCUACAAUCAGAUCCUUCGCAAAGCGAUACAAAUGUACAAUGCAAUGUGCCACUAUGACGAUACGAAAGGCGUCCACAACACUGCUGUACAUGAGCGCAUGGUGAGUAGUUCUUCUGAUUGCUCUAAAAUUAUACAAUUUUCAGGUGUACGGAAUCAAGCCGCAACUGCUCUUGAAUAAACCAUCCAUAAAAGAAAUAAUGGAACUGCGAAGGGACUGUGCUAUGGUUGUUGGAACCAUUCCGAAUUAUAACCAGUUUAUGAAUUUUAUCAAAGCGGAAGUUCCCUACUACUUUGACCACCAACUGAGCUUUGAUGAGUUUCAUGGUGACGAUUUGCCUGAAAUAGAGAAGAAAUCUAUAAUGGUACUGAUUCGAUUAUCAUUUGUUUUUAAAAUGACAAAGUAUUUUUUGCAGAAGCCAACUGCCGUGUACAAUAAAGAAAUCGAGUAUAUGAUUCCAGACGGAAAAGUGAGAUACUGUGAAGUGGACUGUGUAAGUUUUGCUCUUUAUAUAUGUCUGAUCAGAUCAUGUUGAAUUUUCAGCCUCCAGAUUUUCUCGAGGAAUUCUACGAUAAUCGUUACAAGCUUCGUCACCUAUUUCGUGGAUCUAAGUGCCUGGAAGAUAUGCAGAGUGCCCCAUCAAAUAAUUCACUCCUGCGCAGAACCAAAUCUUGUCCCGAGCUCUGCUUGGACAAGAUCACGCUUGAGAAGCAAGAGGAAUACGAUGACGUCAUUUACUCGGAGGCAGUCCGUCGUUCUAUGUGUCGGAAACUUAUUUACGACUACAAAGGGUCGGACAGAGACUAUUCGAACGCACAAGACGACGCCAGAUUCAAAGAAAAUUUGAAACUUCAUUGGGAUGACGAUAUGUCAGCACAUGCACAAAACGAGCUUGAUCUGCUGAAGCAAUUGGCACACAUGGCUGAUCCGCUGUUUAUUGACUGGGACUCGCCGAUGAUCGAUGAUGUUGACCGCAAAACUGGCAAAAAAUUCAUGCGGCGUGUAUGUGAUACUAUGAAACCCCUAUAAACAAGAAAACCAUUUUCCAGGUCGUUCCCUUCCCGGCACCACAACCACCACGCCAGAUAGUUGAUGUUGAAGAGUUGUUUGAAGAUAUUCCUGUGGAAAUCAGACAACAAAUGGAAAAAAUACAUAUGACUUGGCGUUUCUACGAUCCGCUUCUUACAACCUACGGAGGACUGCAAGUCAUUGAUGAAUGGGAAGACCGGCGUUACACGAAUAGUUUUGCGGUUCCACAUAUAAGAGAACGGCCCAAGAAUUGGCUCAAACCCUAUCCUGCUGAUGUUGAUUUGGCGAAGUUGAUGGAGCGAAAUAAUUACUGGCACAUUCCUUUGUGUGACGGAUCCUUCGAGUACCGAGUUUCUGACUUUGAGCAGCGAAGAAAAAACACGUACUCGUACAUGAACAUGCCAUCGCGAACUCCGAUUCUUGAGCAAUACAGUACGCCUUUUCUAAAAAGUAGUGCUCUCUGAACUUGUUAUUUUACAGGUAUCGAUAUGCCGUAUUGCCUAAUUGAUUUGAUGAAGCCAACUUACUACGGAACUAUUGAGUACGACAAGGAAGAUCGGUGGACUUUUAAACAAAUGAAGGAGAGGGACUAUCAACGAGCACUCGAGGAGGAGAUGCGGAGAAAGAAACUGUACCGGUACAGAAUUCCGCAGCGGCAACUGAGAAUACUGCAACGACGGAGAUUGGUGAAGAGGGUCGUGGAGGAAGAUGAUUUGAAGUCUUCAUCGGACGAAGAAGAAAAGAAUAAAAAGGCCGAAGAAGAACGGCAGAAGAAGGCCGAAGCUGAUGCUCUCGAGAAAUUCAAUAAAUUCCUAAGGUUCAUGCGCUUGUUCCGCUUCGAGGACGAUGAAGACGACGAUUUUCCCGAUGAUGCGUCUUAUAUUGGGGACUAUUUCGACGAGAUCGUGCCGGAAGAGCCAGUUAGAAGAAAAGUUGGCACAAUGUGGGGUGGUCUGAGCCUCUACGAUCCCUACUACUUUCCUUUCAACCCGCAUACCAGAAGAAACAUCCGAAUGCUCGCUGAAUUGGAUGCGAUGGAUUAUGAGAAUAAUCUGGGAGGAGGAAAAUUGCUCGAGUGCGCUGAUGAUUACAUGUUUGACGAAAACAAAUUUGGCAAGGUCCCAGUUGGAUCUCCAAACAUUCGGCGUAAAAAAGUCAAGAAACGGAAGAGACUGAGGAGAAUAGUCAUACCCGCGGUGAUGCCUCCUUCUAUUCUCGCAGUGGCCAAGAACAAGACGAAAUCUGCAAAAACUGUUUCGUGGGGACAAAACACUGAGCACAUUCUUCCGAAGGAACGUGUCCCCACAGGACGUCUUCUUAGGAAGACUUUCAAACAGUGUAAAGGAGUUCUGUUUUCCAUGAGUUCAAGAAAGAGAAUACUUGCCAAGCAUUUGAAACCAAAACCAAAAAAGAAAAAGAAGCGCAGCUCCUCUCCACCUAUAUUUAUUAAUCGAGAAGUGAGUUGAACAGUUUUGAGCAAUAUGGUUUAUUGAUUUUUAUUUUCAGAAUGGCAAGAUCAUUAAAAUGAGUGACAAAAGAAAAAAGGGCAAGAAGGGCAGGAAGUGCAGAAAAAGCAAGAAGAGCAGGAAAGGCAGGAAAAACAGAAAAAAUCCAUCGAUCUUCACGAGUCGAGUAACAAUCCCCGCUUGUACUGCGUGUGUUGAUGAACCAUGGCCGUCGAGAGAGAAGUGCAUCGUCUGCAAUCCACACACGGCUAUUUACCGUUGCACAAACAUCGUCAAUACAAAAGAGGUUUUUUGGAAAUUUCAGACUUUACAAAUUCUUUAAUUUUCAGCCAUGCCGUUAUUGCGGAAGUAACCUGUACAAGUUAUCGUGCUCGAUUUAUGAACUACGCGCUGAGUACACUAAGAAGUUCAGACAACUCUUCACCGGCUUCAAAAUUCGAAAAAUGGACAACGCGUUCAAGCGAAGAGUGUCUUACCGGGUCAAAAAGCCAGGACCCGAUACUGCUCUCCCUCCUUGGGCUGCCGUGCCGUACAAGUCUGGAGAUUUUGCUAUGGACACUGUCAUUGGCGUAAGUUGAAAUUAUAAAAAUGUCAACUUAAUUUACGUCUUUCUUUCAGAGAUGUACGGACGAAGAAUUCAGAGAGACGCAGCAAAGAAAUAUCAGCAAAAUGCUACAUCGUGAAUUCCACUACAUCACAUGGUUUAUGGAUGACGAAAAAGCCGAGAAAGUCUAUGUUUCCGAAGAAUUCGACUUGGCAUUUGACAGAGAUGCUGAUGUAAGUUGCACAAACUGUUGAGACCAAAUCUCAUUUGUUUUGUUUCAGAUCAACACUAUGCGUGACACAAUGAACACUAUCAGUCAGGACGGUAAAAUGGACAUGAUGACCACUUACUGCCAGAGAACCGGACAGAGGCUCCAUCGGUGGAUCAGUUACUCAGCACUGGGAACUCGUAUCAAGAAGCAGAACGACAAAAUUGCUUUCCGCAAGCGAGCUGCCGAACGAGAAGCCCGAAUCCUGGCCGGCGAGAUCACUGUAAAGCCAAGUGUGCUGAUUGAAGUGAAGAAGAGAGCAAAAGAGAAGGAGGAGGCGGCCAAGAAGACGAAGGAACUAGAAGAUAGGAAGAAGGCGGCACAGGAACGGAAGGAGGAGAUGAUGUGGAAGAGACUGCCGAUCCCUGAAAUAAUCGACGAUCUGAAGAAAGACGUGACGGUAGCAAAGCCAAAAAAAGAGGAUUGGCUUGAAUCGUCCGGAUCCGAAGAUGAACUUCCUCCGAUUCGCUCUCGAAUUCUCAGCGCUGGAAUCAAAGAGUUUGUUGCCACCAUCCGAGCACACAUGGAACGGAAACCGGCGAAUUUCAAAGGAUUGCGAGUCACUUACGGCAAAAUAUUCGAGAAAAGACCAAUCUUGAAGAACGACAUUGUGCUUGUCAAGGACAGGACUGUCUCCAGAAGGCAGCCACCGCCAUUCCGAGUUCAAAAGCUUCCCCUCGACGAUAGAUGGCUCAACGACUCUUUCACGGUUUCCUUCCUUCCGAACACCUCCAACAACACUUAUCCGAGAGAUCCAAAGAAGUGGACAGUGCCCUUCUACAGUUCUCGACGGCUGAAACUGAGUGCUCGUGAAACCAGAAGAAGAUCAUUGCGUCCUCCGUCUCCACCUCCAACUCUCAAGAAAGUCUACAACAAGAUGAAACUUCUGGAACGUAUUUACUACCAUCAGCAGUACAAAAAGAAGUUGACUGCGACGAGGAAAGCGUUUGUGGCUCGACAGGCUCGGUUUAACCGGAAGCUGAUUGGAUCCCGACAGUUGAAAUCUCGGAACGUCAAACAGUUACUCCGCGAAAGGAAGGGAAUGUCUCAAAGACUUUGGACUACGACUUUGCGUCAAUUGAACAAACCGAAACCAAAGAAGACUGUUACCUUUGGAUAUCCGAUGUAUCAAAGCGAACUCGAGGAGAGGCCAUACAAAGUUCAAAAAGAAGCAGCGCCGCUGUUGCAGUCGACGUCGAAUCCUGUGAAACUGAGUCUCCGGGAACAGUCUCGUCCUUCCUCUAGCUCCGAAGAUGAACUUUGCCCCGUCCGAAUUCCCCAAGUGAGAAAGCUGAAGAAGACAGUGAAAAAGGAUCCGAAAGCAGCAACUGUCAAGGAGACGGCUCCGAAGAGGGAAGAGAAGGUCAAGAAAACAGUCAGAUUCGAAGAGCCGCUCGGAUUGGUUGAGAGGAAAAGGAUGGCACUCAAGAAAGCAACCCCUGUCGUUUUUGAAUCUCCGAAAACUCUGAAACUACCGGAAACAGGCCAACUUGUGCGACGUGACAGUACUCCAUUCCAGCCCAGGGAUUCUCGAAAAAGAAAGGAAAAGGAGACAAAGCAGAUGGAUGCGGAACCAACCAAAUCUGAGAAACGCAGACGCUCCAAAGCUUACCUGCCUGUCGUCCCCGCUGUCCCCAAGAGAAAGCCGAUCAUAACGCUCAUUGAAAGGACUGCGGAUGCAUACCCGCGAAGUGGUCGAAGCGAAGAAAAGAAGGCGACUGUCAACACCGUCAACGAGAAACGCAGGCGCCGGAAGGAGAUUGUCGAGCUACCGUUACCGCAGAAAACCGAGGAGCCGAAACUUCGCACGAAAUCGGAACCUCGUAGCUUUGGAAAAGCUACUCGAGUGAAAGUGAUCUCUCGUCGAUCUCUGUCCGUGGAAUCGUUCUCGCAGCAGAAGAAACUUGUCAGAAAGCUUGUGAAGCUGAAACUGAAAACCACCAAAAUCAGUUAUCCGCUCAUUCCGCCCUUCAAGUCAAGAGAUAUCAUAAAGACGCCGUUGGAAGUCAGCGAGCCGCCAUCUGAAGUGGAUCCAAUGGAAAUUCCGACAAAAGCCUUGGUCUCAGUGAUUGACGAUGGAAGACUUCACAGAUGGACAAGGAAGAUGGAUCCAGUCCGAGAGCCUCUGUCCAGAAGGAGAACGUCGAUGAAGUUCUAUCAGAAACGUUCGGAAGAGUUUAAGACGUCACAAAUCCGAGGGAACAAUUUGUAUUAUCCGUUGAUCCCACGAUGGCUGCCGUCGACACACGAAACUGACCAAGAGGAAAAGUCGCCAUCUCAAUUCAAGUUCCAACACAUGAGAACGAAGCGAUUCACAAAGAAACGGAAAGUUCUUUAUCGCGAACCUGUUUAUCAGCGAGUGUUGAACUACGUGCGCAACCAAGCAAGACUGGACGAAAUAGAUGAGGAAUGUGAGUAUCUGCCUGCGAUGUGUCCGAAAAUUGCUGAUGUUCACCUAAAUCCGUGGAUCUCGUUGCCAAGGAGAAGACACAUGAGAAUGCCUUCCAAGACAGCUCGUCAAAUCGUGAAGGCAAAGACGUCGGCUAUAAAGAAAACGAAGGAGGAGGAGCUCCAACCGAAGCGCCUGUGGAGUGUUCAACCGCUACUCCAACGGAAAUCUCAGCCGAACGAGCCGGAGUUGCAAUCAAAUCUCAACUUGGUGCAGCAAGAAUUUCAAUCAGAACUUCAGCCGGAACUCCAGUCCAAGCCGUCGUCACGUUGUGCCGAAGUUUUCAAGCCGAAGUCCUACCCGCAACCUCAUUCAAUGCGGCAGCCAACAACUCAGGCUAAACUGCCAGCAAAACUUCAAAUGAAGCGGACCGAGCUCCAGUCCAAACGACAGCUGAAAACUCCGUCAAAACUGCCGCCGAAGUCUCAAUCGAAGGUUCCGUCAAAGUCGUCAUCGAAAGUUAAGCCGAAGCCGAAGAUAAAACUGCAGCCAAGAAUUCAGUCGAAACAUCAGCCAACACUGCAACCCAUGUCAUGGCUUCGAAUGCUUCGGAAACUGUCCAACUACAAACUGAAGAUCAGAAGAGUUCCUCUCAGUUCUACGAAAACGCGUCUUCGUCAACCUCGAUUGGUUACCAAACCAAUCGAAGAGCCAUAUCUGAAUCUGAUUGUCGAGCCAACGCCCGAUCUGAAGCCAUGUUUGGUGAAAGGAAAACGCCGGACUUUGAUGCUCGCUUCGAAACCGGUGGAGAAUAACGAGCCGUUCUUUGGUUUCGGUUUCCUCAGAACGACCAGCGAUUCAACGUCGAAAUCAGCACGUCCCUCCUUGCUGAAAUACAAUGUGGAAACCGAUAUGCGAGAGAGAGUGGAAGCUGCUCGUUUGGAGAAGCUAGCACUUGAAGAGAAGAAAAAUGAAGAUGCGGCAAAGACUGAAGAGAAGUCGAUCGACAACGUUGUGCAACCGGUCACCGCUACCGAGUCGGAGAAGAAAGAUGAGCAAGCAGUCCCCGUUACUGAGUCGGAGAAGAAAGAUGAGCAAGCAGUCCCCGUUAUUGAGUCGGAGAAGAAAGAUGAGCCUGCAGCACUGUUGGAAUUUCCCCCACUUCGAUUCUUGAAGCCAGUCGAGCCGUCUACAAAUACUUCGAGUGUUUCUGAAGAACGAUCCAGUCAGGAGAAAGAGGAGAAUCCGGAAUCGCCGAUACCACCAGUGGUUCCAAUGAUUGUUCCGCCACCAAAACUGCCAGCCGACCAGCAGUGGAGAGCUGCAAUGAUGGCGAGACGAAGAAUGGGAAUGAGUAGACCAAUUCCUCCACCACCUAGGAAGACGAUUCCGAAAGAGAAUGAAGAGAAUGAAGCGGAGAAGUCGGAAACUACAAACGAGUCUGUGGCAACUUCGGAAGCUUCUGCAUCAAAACCAGACGACGCAAAACCUACAUCGGCUGAUAUAAGUGGUACCAACACCGAUCAAGGAAACGAAGCUUCAGUCGCUGAGCCGAAGGAAACGCCAUCUCUGCCGGUUGUGGAUUCAUCUUCGGAACCGGCUACAUCAGAGACAAGCAGCGCAAAAUCGACAUUGGUUGGGACAAUUGGUACGAAAGCAGACGCCAGUAAAGGAAACAAGGCGCCAAUUGCUGAAGCGAAGGCAACAUCACUUCUACCUGCUCAGGAUGCAACUUCGGACACUUCUACAGCGCAAACGGGCACAGAAGAACCUUCAUUAGCUGAUAUCAGUGGAACCAAGGUAGACACCGUUGAAGGAAACGAGACCCCAGAUGUUGAGGCGAAAACAACGUCACCUCCACCGAUUGAGGAUGCCACAUCGGAAGCUUCUACAUCAAAACCGAGCAGCGCCAAAUCGACAUUAGCCGUGAUACCCCGUAUCCAGAUAGACGCUGAUGAAGGAAACGAGGAUCCAGUUGUUGAAUCGAAGGAAACAUCGCCUCCACCGGUUGAGGAUGCACCCGACAAAACGGACGAUCAGGAGCCGUCGUCUUCGACAGAACCAUCUGCUGUGGAAGAAUCAAUACCUGAGGUGGAGCCUACUGUUUUCAACACUCCUGUACCGUUGGCGACGUUGAAAGCCGAGGAAGAGAAAAUGCUUCGUUUGAAGGAAGCUGAAAAGGCAUUAUCAGAACUUCCAGUUGUGACUCGGCCCGAACCGACAACAACUACAUCAACUUCAGCUACACCAUCACCACAACCGGGAACUCCGGAACCUUCUGGAAAGAAAAAAUCGUUCUUCCAAAGAUUGCGUGACAAGCCUUUUGUUGCAUUGUUUGGCAGGAGCAAUCAACCGAGCACUGUGCCACCGCCUGCAGCGUCUACAGCGUCGACUUCUGCUCCUAACACUUCUGAAGCAACUACGUCUGCGGCCAACGCUCCUGAUGCAACAACUCAGCAACCAAGAACCUCAGGUCCUGCUCCGGAAUCAGAAUCGGCGACCGAUCUUCAGACUACAGAGAAGGAAGAGCCGUUGCUUCCUAAAAUCAAGAAACCUGAAUCUGGACAAUUGAGAAGAAGAGAUCCUCGUCCGUAUUUUCGGCCAAUCUUGAAAUAUGAUCAAAUUGUGAAAUUUGUGGACGGCAAGGCAAUUCACAAUGGUCCAACGCCGCACAGACCGAGACCUAGGAGACCUCAGAUUGAUAUCCCAAAGAAACCAAAGGUCAAGCCACCGCCGCAACCUUUGAGCAGCUCUUCGGAGGAGGACGAGGUACCCACGCUGUCGAGGAAGAAGGAAGAUGACAAGGAUGAGGGCGACUGUCAACCGUACCCAUACGAGCCUCCAAUGUAUGUCGCCGAGAAGAAUAGUAUGGCGUUCGACAAAAAUCCAGCAAUAAGAUCGAGGAAUCUGGAUAGUGAGAUCAUUAAAUCAGCGAGGAUCUAUCCAGCCGCUGCAAGCUCAUCGGACGAGGAAACACCGGAAGGCGAACCAGCUAAAGUAUUUGGACCGGCCCAUUGCAUUGAAGACAAACACGACCCCUUCAAUUAUCCCCACCAGACGGUCCUGAACAGAUAUCCGGCGCAUCCAAAAACUGGAGAUCCAACGAUUCAAAUGCUCGAAGAAGCGAAGAGGAAGGUCGAAGCGGAGAAGGCCGCUGCUGAAGCAAAGAGGAUUGCGGAACUGCCUGUCGUUGACCUUAAAUAUCCAAUGUGGCCGCGUGUCUUCAAAGGCACAAUUUCUUAUACUCAACACCCUCUCACCAAACCGAAGCCUGUGGAACCUACUCCUGAACCUCCUCCAGCUCCCGUUGAACCCGACACGUCGAACUCGUUUUUCGUGAACAGCAACCUCAAAUUUGGAGUUGGACCGCUACCGGCUGGAGUUGGAGAGCUCACUCCGUAUUACACCGCCGAGAUUGUUGCUAAGCAGCGAGAGGAAGAGCUGAUGGCGGAAAGAGAUGCGUUCAGAAUUGCUGCCCGAGAAGAAGCAAGAGAAGUUGGAAGAGCACUGAACAGAGAAUGGAGACGACGACAGGGACUUCCGGUCGAUACUGACCAGCCAACGAAUGUGGUGGCGACUCCUCAAUCCCAACCACCGACUGCUCCAACCCAAUCCAAACCGUUCACCAUCUUCGGCAUUUAUCCAUUCGGGAGGAAGGGAUCCAGAAGUCAACAGACGCCAGUUACGCCGGCAACCUCUCCUACCAGUUCACCGUCUUCACCUGAACCAGGAUCUCCUGCCGGUACCUCGUCCGGCCAGCAACCUGCAUAUCCUUCCACCGAUCAAAAUGUCGCAGGCCCUCAGAUGAUCAGAGUAGCUGAAGAAGUUGGGAAGGAAAGUAAAAACUCCCGGAAAUUGUCUCGUCGACGUCAACUCAAACUGGAAGAUCCAUCUGCUUUGCAACUGUCUGGGAACACUGCUUUGCCAAGACCUGCGUGUCCCGAACCGGAUGCACCGCCACAUUUGGAUCCACCGAAGGAUGUGCAGAACUACAAAUCUCCGUCGCAGAGAAAGUACUACACAAGACUUGGCCAGGAAUGGAAACCUCCAAAAUCGAAGCGACCUGUGCAAGAACAAGUUCCUGAAGAAGGAGCCUCUACAUCAGCCGCCGUCGAGCCAACUACAACGGAACCACCAGCAGUAGAUGUGGAGAAGCAGCCAGAGAUAAAAAUGAAGAAGAGGGUGAAGAAACAGCCGCCUCCGACUGAGGUCACUCUGGUGCUGGACGGAACUGAACACUUCUCCAAGCUGACGAAGGAGAAUCUUCAACUGCUGGAUCGAGAAUUUGACGUCGUGGGGAAGCCGAUGGAGCAGUCCAUUAUUGCAUCUGCCGAUGAAUGUCUUCCAUUGCUCCCAAUGGAUUUGGUAUCUGUCUAUGGCAUCUUGAAGAAAAUUUCAAACGAAAUGAAAGUCGGCGGCAAGACGAUCAAAGCGGAAGUUCUUUUCAAUCCGAUCUUCGACGACUCCAUAGUCAGAAAGAAGAAUUCUGCUGCGGAAAAGCAGAAAUAUGAGACGGCGAGAGCGAAACUGCAGAGGAUGAUGAAAACCAAGCUGCAGAGAAUGAAGGAUGCUGGAUUCGGACGGCAGACGAAACGAGAAGCUGCAGCCACCGCCGCCCGUCACGCUCGCAAAGUCCGAUUCUUUCAAGCCAACAAAAAACAGAUGAUGCCUGCUCUUUCAACCGACUUCCAACCGAAAUCCAUUUUGAAAAAUCCAAAGCCACCGGUUCAGUGGUAUUAUCGAAUUGAUGGAAUGGGCAACAAGAUUUACUUGAAGAAGUUGGAACCCAGUGAAUGGCAGAGAAAGAUGGAGGAGAAAGCAGCGGGACCAGCACCAGUAUACCGGAAGAAAUCGAGAGCAACUCGCAGUUACUUGAAGUGCUGGGCCAAAGUGAUGAACAGAAUCGGACAUCAGAAGUGGGAUGCAAUGACGGAGAAGGAGAUCGUGGAAGCGAACGGCGGGACAGCACUCAUUCUGCCGAAGGAGAAGCGACCGAAAGACGUAUUGGUACCUGAGCCAGAUUUUGGUGUCUUACUUCCAUCAAGAUCGUUGUCCUCAAUAUCUGUUUCUUCAACUGAAUCACUCACUUCGCUGCUGGAUGCAAGAGCGACAACGCAAGUGAAAGAAGAAGAGGAAGCAGCACCUACGUCAUCUCAAUGUGACCAAACUGCGUCAAUUGCCACUGAUGUGUCAGUCCAAUCGGCUGUUUCGGCCGCAUCAGAACCAACUUUAACCGCUUCAAAAGAGAAGCAAUCUCUACAACAGCCGUCCAAGCAGUAUCCAUUGGUGUAUAUUGGAAUGACCGUUUCCCGUUCGCCAGCUACCUCUACCAGUCAAGUUGAUGCGCCGGAAGCGAUUGCGUCUGUAGCUGAAGAUGGAUCGCAGAUUCUGGAGUAUGUCGGACAAGAGGAGACUUCGGCAACAACAAUCCGACGAAGAUUCGAUCCAUUUGUCCGUCCAUUGAACGCACUGAUGAAAGCCCUCAGCUUGAGCACAACCGAGGUCGGCCUGGAAGCCUCGGACAGAUCGAGACCAAUAGAAAGGAACCGGUUCUCUGGAUUCUUCCGGCGCUCCUCGGAAACGAUGCCCGAGUUUUCUUCUUCAAGACCCGUGUCGUCAUCACCCACGCGUCGACGCUCUGUUCGUUUCCCGGUCACGUCGAUUUCUCAGGGAUCGUCUGCGGAAGACAUUUUGGCUUUGAUGCAGCAACAGCCAAACGCCCUCGAGAAAAUGGAGGAGCUUCCAAAGCCAAAAAUAGAAUUCCCACCACUCGAAUUGCCCGACGAGAUUCCGCCUGGACAACCAAUGUUCUCACCGAGGGAGAAACCUGAGUUCAACCUUGCCGAACAACUGGAACUUCUGAACAAAGGGGACAGAGUAAUUCAUAAUGACGAUUUCUACGGCUGCAGAAUGUCACACGAAGACGGAGUCAAUAGUGAGAUCAUUCGUGAACUUGUCACCUUCGAUUUGGACGAGUACAUGCGGAUGAACACGUUUCCACGACCAUGCGUGAAUAUGAAAGCUUUUGGAAGAUACUCGACGGACAGUAUGAGAGUUCUCGCGAAAUCGAAUGCAGCAAGCCGGAAAGCAGUGGAAAUGGUUGCGCGGAAGUUGAACAAGUGCCAGGGACGAGUCGAGAAAGUGAAGAGGAUUGCGGACAAAAAGCCCAGGAAGAUCCGUGUGCAGUACAAGUUCAAGAAGACCUGCGUGAAAUAUCGGGUGAAAGUGAUGAUUCCGGCAUUGAAAGCCAAUUGUGAUCAAAAGAGACUGCCGGCGAAAGACAUCGGAGCCGAUGAAGAACCCGAAGAAAUAAACCGGACGGUUGACUACGAUGGUGACGACGAUAGUGAAGUAGAGUGCACAGGAAAACGAGGCCGUGUGGGACUGUUUCCCGGAAUCAAGCGAGCAGCGAUUCGAAAGAAUCAGAGAAACCAACUCCUGCGUCAUUACUUCCGAUUCGCCGUUCGAAUGGCCAGAAAAGUUACUCGACGCUCUUUCGGAAUCAAAAAACCAUUCAUUUUCUACGCAUUCAUCAGCCAAGUCAGAAGUCGAAUGCGUCAGUUUAUGCAACUCCGCAAGCAAGAGCAGAAAGAAGUGACGGAUUCUCGCAUUAAGAAGAAUACGUUCCUGGGGCGGCACAUGAAGAAACAAGAAAAAUUGGACAAAAUUCCAAACCUGAAAUGGAUGAGACAAUGUUUGAGCAUCAAAAAGCCUCCGAUCGUUCGGAAAGUGUUAAAAUACGUGAGUUAGCUUAAGGCAAAACGAGAAAUAUUACAUAUUUACAGGGAUCUACAAUCCGAAAACGAGUAAUUCCGGAGAGUUCGAAGUUUUCCGCAUUUAGGAUGAAUGCUCGCCUCGAGGAUUUCUUUGAAUGCCUUGAUCAAUACAUUGAUGUCGGAACACCAAUCAAACUGAUGUUCAAGUCCAUAAAUAUUCUGUUACCGAAAAAAGUGAGUACAGCAGAUAGGGACCGAUAGUAGUUUCACAGUUGCAGAUGUUCGAUCCAAAAACAAAAAUGGUUGAUUCCGACUAUUACCUGACACCUUCACCGUGCGAUACGGACAGCGAUUUCUCCGUCGACACGCCUGUGCACAGAAGAGUCAGGAUCAGGAAAGAGUUUUUCAAGCGCGAGAACUUGGAAUCCACGUACCGCGUCAAAGGACUACCCGGACUCAUCUACCUGGCUCGGCUGGUCCAGGAAAGAGUCGGAGAAGAUAUAAACAGAAACAUUCCGUUCUCUGGAGCAGCCAUGGAAGACUCUAGAAUGAUGGUCUACGUGUCUCCCAUUCGCCGUCUCAUGUUGCUCUCGUUGGGCUUGAAACCGCCAGACCGCGUAAAUCGUCUGAACAAGAAAACAAUAGACGAUGCGCCAUUCAAAUCACUGUUUCGGUACUUGUUCAUGAUGAUGUGCUACGGCAAAGGAGACUUUGUCCGUUACGUAAGUUUUAAUUCAGUUUUUUGCUUGUAUGCAAUCCUUAUUUUUCAGGUAAUCUUCAGAAUAACAAUGGGCCAAGGUCCUCCUGCAAAAACACACGAGCAACUUGAUCUUAGUUUUCAGGCGCACAUGAUGCACAAGAUGUACAAAAAGUGAGCAACUUGAAUUCAGACCUUUUUUUAAUAUUCUUGUGUUUGCAGAAUGGUUUACCUCAAGAAUGGCCGAGAAGCAAGACUCGCUGUUCGAGAACUACUCCGCCACGGAGCUGAAAUGGAGAUUGAGAAUCCAUACGCCAAAAAGUACCGGAUGGGAGAGUACGAUCCACUGCUUUACGGAGAUCAACAGCCGUGGACUGAAGACGAUUGGUUCGCUAUCUGCGACACUUUCAUCGAUGCAACUUGCGGUCCGCAAAACUUAUCACUCAAAGUUUUCAAUGUUUCUAAUUUAGAUCAUCCUGAUGUGGUUGUUCACUGCCGAGCUGCAAUGUUAGGGUUGCGUAUGAUGUAUUUGGAUGCUUACUCGCAGGACAUUGUUGACGACCUCAUUGAAAUGGUUUGUCAAGUUGAAACUAACUUCAAAGUUUGAAGCAAUCGUUUUCAGAAAAUUGACAUGUCCGACAAGUUUCUCUUCAUCAUGAACCUUUCUCCACCAGAGUUUCUACUCGAGAACAUUGUCAAACUGUUCAACAUGUGCCGUGGAUUGGACCGUCUUCCGUUUGUUGGACUAGGAUAUCAUCCGGAUCCGCUUCGCAUUCUGUUUGAAGAGUCCGUGGAGAGUGGUGACCAUCAGCUCGUUGCUCACAUUGCUCGAGCAGGAAGAUGUUUGGAUCGCCGCUCCGGUGAACCAAUGGUAAUUAAUUAUUGGAAAGACACUAGAACAAAACUUCAAAUUUUCAGAUGACCGAUUGUGACUCUGACCGGAUCAAGAAUCGUGACAUUUCUCAAAUCAUGACCGACGUUCUCACCAACUACGACGAAAAAAUGCCGCGAGGAGCGCCAACAUUGGAGGAAGUGUUCCCAUACCGAUACAUUCAUCAUGAAGAUGGAACCGAAAUAAACCAGACUACGUGCGUUUCUUUUUAUCAUUUGCUUAAUGCAUCUUGUCGUUUUUAGGGAAGAACUGGCUGAAGUGGUUGAAGUUGAAGUGACUAGAUACAUGGCUCUUCUAGAACUCACCAAAGGAGCGACUAUUGCAAAGGGAGAUUUGGAUCACAAUCCGAGAUUCUAUCUUCAUCCAAAGAGAUUUUUCGUUAGUGUCCUUACUUUUCCCUAUAGAUCCAUUAUGAAAAUUUUACAGUGGGAGAUUCUAUGUACUGGCUGCAAAAUGACCGUUGCAAAGGCACGAUAUUUGGGAAUAUUGGGUCGAAUCCUUUCGGUGACGACAAUGCCACUGAUUGAGCAGGGAAAAGACAAGAGGAGGUGGCCGAAUGCAAAAACGAUGUCGCCAAGGUUGAAGUAUGAAACCUACAUUGAAUCGUUGGACCCAACUGAGAACAAGAUGCUCAUGGCGAGAGACGUCGAAGAAGAGAAGACGGAUAUUACUAUUGUUUGUUCAAAGCUUUCUUCUCAAAGUUAUUCACAUUUUUCAGUCACCAUUGCCUAUUCGUUUCGCAUGUUACCAAUGUCAAUUCGUACUACCUCGAUGUGUGGUCUGUAUGUGCUCACUCUUCAACGAUCACAUGAAUUACGCUCUGCAAGAUCGAAAUGAGAGCUUCUCUCAAUUUGCCGUCUGCACGGUAAGAAAAACAGAAGAUCUGACGGUUCGGAAUAAUUCAUUUGUUGCAGAUAUGCAAUCAUGGUGGUCAUGUCAAUCAUAUGGCCGAGUGGUUCCAUGACGAGGUAGUCUGCGCAGUUUCUGGAUGUGAUUGCCAGUAAGUUCCAAGGAAUUAUGAGGUUGAGUCGUAUAUCUGAAAUUUUAGAUGUGUAAUACGCAGAAAGACACCGGACUUGAAGGCCCGAGCGACGAAGCAGUUGAAAUUGUCUUCGAAUAUGAGAGCAAAGUCGCAUCUGUGCAAUCCGGAGUGUGCCACCGAAGCGGACAUCGACGAAGGAUACCUUCCGGAUCCCGACAUCGAGUACUUCCGAGAGGAUCGAGAAAGAGAAGAGAGAGAGGAGCGAGAACACAUAAAAAGAGAGAAAAUUGCAAGAGGACUCCCACUCAGCGAUGAUGAAUUAGACGACUGA